CGCCCCUUCAUCGACGUCAGCGAGCAUUUGCGGAAAUAAAAGUGUCAAACACCGCGAGGGAACCGGAACUACCAGGAAUCUUCAAAAAUAAAGUACGAAAAUCCGCGAUUUUACUAAAUACAUACUGUUAUUAAUAUAAGUUCAUUUUUUUAUCAGUAAUUUUUAGGUUGUUUGUGUAUUGCGUACUGUUUUUAGUCUAAAAUGUACACUAUAAAGCCAUUUGAUUUUUUUUUCUUUAACAAACGCUUUUAUUUUGAAUGAACACCGGAACCUGGCCCCGGUGGAUAAACUUCCCAGCAUUCCUCCCCUCAGAGUCUGUUCGUCUCAGUUUUCCGUCCGUGUCCGCUUGGAUAGCUGUCACUACGUUAGCUUUGGGGUUGAAUGGAAGGGGGCGAGAAACGGAACCGAAACGAACCGAGCCGGCCCGGCCAGUGUCGGGAAACGAAGGAUGGGAGCACCCAGACCGACUGCCGGAUACAAGGUCAUGGCCCCAGGUUGUCCAAAGUUAACCUCUUCACUUUGCUGAGUCUGUGGAUGGAGAUGUUUCCUCGUGAGGAAGAGGAGGAGGAAGAAGAGGACAGCCGCCAGAUCCGUGGGAUGGGUCUGGUGGUGGUCCGAGAAGGUAAAGUGGUGGGCCUCCACUGCUCCGGUCCUGAGCUUCACGCGGGACAAGCGGCCGUCCUCCAGCACGGGGUCCGUCUGGCUGACAGUCAGCUGUACUUCUCCAGACGACCGUGUGCGACCUGUCUGAAGAUGAUCAUCAACGCUGGAGUCAGUCAGAUCUCCUUCUGGCCCGGGGACCCUGAGAUCAGCAUGCUGGAGUCUGCUCCGCGCCCCGCCACAGAGGAAGCUGCGCUGGACGCCGUGGCAACGGACAAGCUGAAGUCCAACAGCCGGCCUCACGUCUGCGUGCUGCUGCAGCCGCCGACCCCCGACCUGCUGCAGUUCGUCAACGAGACGUCCAGAGAUUGUGACUUCAGGGAGAGGAGGAGCGAGGACGCUGAAGACUUCAACAGAGAACGCGUCAGAUACUUGAGGGAUUUCUCCAGAAGGUUCCUGGUUUGUACAGCCCAGCAGCACAAGGAGAUCCUGAUCCAAAUGGGCCUGGAGAACUUCUGCGCCGAGCCGUACUUCUCCAACCUGAGGCACAACAUGAGGGAGCUGGUGGAGGUUCUGGCCGCCGUGGCCGCCGGCGUCCCGCAGCACCACCACGGCUUCCACAGAGAACACCCGGGGACGUCAUCAGGUCCGCAUGAGGAGGUACCUCAGCAGGUGGCCCGCCACUGCAUCAUCCAGGCCCGGCUGCUGGCCUACAGGACGGAGGACCCUAAAGUGGGCGUGGGGGCCGUUAUCUGGGCUAAAGGAAAGCAGGUGGGCUUCGGUGGAACGGGGCGUCUGUCUCUGGUGGGUUGUGGGUACAACGCUUACCCGGCGGGCUCCAAGUACGCGGAGUACCCCCAAAUGGACACCAAACAGGAGGACCGUCAGAGACGCAAGUACAGAUACAUGAUCCACGCGGAACAGAACGCCCUCACCUUCAGGACGCGUGACAUCCGAGCAGAGGAGUCCACCAUGCUGUUUGUGACCAAGUGUCCGUGUGACGAGUGCAUCCCUCUGAUCAGAGGCGCCGGGAUCACGCACAUUUACACCUCCGACCAGGACAGGGACAAAGACAAGGGCGACAUCUCCUACCUGAGGUUCAGCAGCCUGAAGGACAUCAGCAGGUUCACCUGGCAGAAGAACCCUCCGGAUUCUCCAGGAGCUUCUUCUCACCUCGUCAACGGAUGUGUUGGGAAACGCAGCCAGCAGCCGGAGCCAGAAACAAACGGAAACAAGAAGCUGUGCACCAAGAGGUCCAGCGGCGCCCCCUGGCGCGGCCAACAGUAGGUGGCCUCCACAAAUCCAAGAGACCUGAACCCUUAGAAUUUUCCUGGGCUCAGAUUUGACCCCUUCACCCUCACAUCUGUGCCAGAUGUUUGCUCUCUAAAUGAAGUAGGAAGGGCAGAACGUAUUUGAGGCUUUAAAACUUGAAUGAGAUUUCAAAUAUUCACAGAUCACACUUUACGCUGCAGCCAAGAACUUUAUUCUUGCCCCUCGAGGAAAAUAAUUGUAUUUUUUCUGUACAGUUACAUUUAUUUAUGUGGACCAUGAACUAAAGUUUUAAGAGAUUUUAUUGCUUUUUAGUAGGGGAUCACGGAUAAUCCAUACGGAUCAACAGCCACCAUUGCCCUUACCAAAAAUAAGUAUACUCCAAGUAUAUGUUUAAAGUAAACUUAAGUAUACAAAAGUAUAUUUCCCAAAGUGUACAAGAAAUGACACUGUCAUGUUACGAAUAAGAAUACUUCUUGGGACUAAAUUGACACACGUUUAAAUUUUAAAAAGUAUACUUUUAAGGUAACCUUUCUAGUAUAGUAUUAGUUUACUGACAAUAAACUCAAAAUUUACUCUUAUGUUCAUGAAAGUACAGCUUGAAGUACAGCUAAUGUAGCUUUUAAAGUUUUAGUUUAUAAGUACCAAUUAGUGUAUUCAAAUAAAUGUUUAAUAUACUGGAAUAUCCCAAGAAUACGUGUACUCUACUUUUACUGCUGUGUAAGAAAAUGUUUAUGGACAGUGACAAAAAUAGAUAAAUAUAUUUAGUAUAUUUCUAAGUAAAAUCCAAAUACAGUAUACUUCACAUGGAAGUUUAUCUCCAGUAAGUACCUAAAAGGUAAACUAAGAGUAUACUAUCUUAAUAUUAGUUUGAAAAAGUACACUUUAAAGCACAUGUGUCAAAGUCAAGGCCCGGGGGCCGGAUCCGGCCCUCCAGAUCAUUUUAUUUUAUUGUUAUUAAUGACCCGAUGUUAUCUUACGCUUAUUUCUAACUUGAAUAAU